AUGGUUCACAGGUUUGGUCACUAUGAAGAUGUUGAUGAAUGUAAGGUUGUGCCUGACCUGUGUAAAGGAGGAAAGUGCAUCAACACUGUGGGCUCAUAUCAGUGCCAGUGUCCCGUGGGUUUCCAGCAGCACAUGAGUUCGCUGAUGUGUGAGGAUGUGGAUGAAUGCUCCACCGUCCAGCGUGUGUGUGAUGGAGGACGCUGCAUUAAUUCAGCGGGCAGUUUCUCCUGUGUGUGUCCUUCUGGAUACUUGCCAUCUGCAGACCGGAUGCGCUGCCUCGAGCAGCACACAGGUGUCUGUUUUGCGUCUGUUGAGAAUGGACGCUGUGCUCAAAAAAUCAGUGGACGCUUCAGUAAAAUCCAGUGCUGCUGUAACCGUGGCCACUGCUGGAGUCAGAGCACAGCUCAUGAAAUGUGUCCCGUACCAGGAUCAGAUGAAUACUUCAGGAUCUGUCUGGUGGGCUCUGCUCUCAGUGGGUUUAGUGAAGAGGAUCCUGACCUGCACCCUCAACACCGCAGCGGCUUCCGACCUACCGCUAAUGACCGGAUACUUCGCCCACUUAAUGACAACGGACGCAUCACACCUCAGAUUCAUCAAAUCCCAGGGAAUGUUCGUAUGAAUGAGACUGUGAACAGGUGUCGUCUGUUUCCUAAUCUGUGUCUGAAUGGACGCUGUGUACCCUUGGGGUCUGACUACCGCUGUGACUGUAACACCGGAUACAGAGAGGACAACAGAGGAGAGUGUUCAGAUGUAGAUGAGUGUGCGUUUGAGCCCUGCACUAAUGGAAACUGUAUCAACACUGCUGGUUCCUACUACUGCAGAUGCCACUCAGGCUUUCUCAGGUUUCCAGGCAAACAGGCCUGCAUUGAUGUUGACGAAUGUCUUCAGAAUGGGGUGCUGUGUAAGAAUGGCCGCUGUCUCAACACAGAAGGCAGUUUUCAGUGCAUCUGUAAUGCAGGAUUCAAGCUCACACCUGAUGGGAGAAACUGCAUAGAUCACGAUGAAUGUGCCAGCACAAACAUGUGUCUUAACGGCAUGUGCAUUAAUGAAGACGGCAGCUUUAAAUGUGUGUGUAAACCUGGAUUCACCCUCAACUCCAGCGGACGCUACUGUACAGAUAUGGAUGAGUGCCGGAGGCCAGGUGUGUGUAUGAACGGACGGUGUGUAAACUCACAGGGCUCUUUCAGUUGUGAGUGUUUUGCAGGUCUUACCGUAGGAAUAGAUGGGCGCACAUGUGUAGACACACACAUGCACAGCACCUGUUUUGGGGUUGUAAAAAGAGGCCUGUGUGUGCGGCCCUUUCAGCGAUCUCUCACCAAGUCACAGUGCUGCUGUGCCAACCCUGACUAUGGCUUUGGUCAACCGUGCCGUCCCUGCCCUGGCAAAAACUCAGUUGAGUUUCAGGCCUUGUGUGCGAGCGGUGUUGGAUUUUCUGCUGAUGGCAAAGACAUUAAUGAGUGUGCUCUGGAUCCUGAUAUCUGCUCUAAUGGAGUGUGUGAGAAUCUCAGAGGAAGUUUCCGCUGCAUCUGUAACAGUGGCUAUGAAAGUGACCAGACUGGCAGAAACUGUCUGGAUAUCGAUGAAUGUGUAGUAAACAGUCUUCUCUGUGAUAACGGCCUGUGCCAGAAUGUUCCUGGCAGCUACAGCUGCACCUGCCCGGCUGGAUACACCUUGAGACACGACACAGAGACGUGUGACGAUGUGAAUGAGUGUGUGAGCAGCCCGUGUGUUAAUGGAGUCUGUAAGAACAAUGCAGGCUCUUUCUCCUGUGAGUGCCCACUAGGAAGUGAACUGGACUCCACUGAACUUUUAUGUAUUGACAGUCUAAAGGGCUCGUGCUGGGUAACCCUUCAGGAUGGCCGCUGUGAAGUGAACAUUAACGGAGCUACACUGAGGUCUCAGUGCUGUGCGACGCUGGGAGCGGCCUGGGGAAGCCCAUGUGAACCAUGUCAAAGCGAUCCUGUAUGUCAACGAGGAUUUACUCGGCCAAGAGGGGCUUCGUGUGAAGAUGUGAAUGAGUGUGAGGUGUUCCCCGGUGUGUGUCAUAAUGGACACUGUGUGAACACUAGAGGUUCUUUUAAAUGUCAGUGUCCAGAGAGUCUCACACUGGAUGUCACUGGACGUGUCUGUGUGGAUGUUCGUUCAGAGGCCUGUUUUCUCACCUACGAUGAAGAUGUGUGUAUGCAGCCGGUACCAGGACGCUUCCGCAUGGACAUGUGUUGCUGUACGGUGGGUUUGGCCUGGGGCAAAGAUUGUGAAUUGUGCCCUGAGCCUGGCACAAGCCCGUUUGAUGCUCUGUGCCCGAGAGGACCAGGCUUUGCCAACAAAGGGGACAUGCUCACUGGCAGAGCUGUCUAUAAAGAUAUCAAUGAGUGUAAAGUUUUCCAAAGCAUCUGUAUUCAUGGAAAAUGUCGAAACACCAUUGGAAGCUUCAGAUGUCGUUGUGACAGUGGCUUUGCACUGGAUGCCAAUGAGCAAAACUGCACAGAUAUUGACGAGUGCGUGAUCUCUCCUGAUGUUUGUGGCCAUGGCACGUGUGUGAACACUCUGGGCAGUUUCCAGUGUGACUGUUUCCCUGGCUAUGAGAGGGGAUUUAUGUUGAUGAAGAACUGCUUGGAUAUUGACGAAUGUGAACUAAACCUCUCACUGUGUAAUGGAGGCACCUGUGAAAAUACUGAUGGCAGCUAUAGGUGUGUGUGUCCACCUGGUCAUCAGCUGUCUGUGGACGGCAGUGCCUGUGAUGAUGUGAACGAGUGUGAGUUGAGCAGCACAUUGUGUCUUAAUGGCAGAUGUGUGAAUGUGGUGGGGACGUACCAGUGCUCCUGUAACUCUGGUUACCGGAUGACACCUGAUAGGAAAGGCUGCACAGAUAUAGAUGAGUGUACGAUAGAGAAUGGAGGAUGUGAGGUGUACUGUAGUAAUUCAGAGGGGAGUUACUCCUGCAGCUGCGGUCAGGGUUACACUCUGACGCCGGACCAAAGGACAUGUGCAGAUGUGAAUGAAUGUGAAGAGCAUGUUGACAUCUGUGAAGGUGGUCAGUGCACUAAUGUCCCUGGAGAAUAUUACUGCAUGUGUCAUGAAGGAUUCAUGACUUCUGUGGACAUGAGGACAUGCAUUGAUGUGAAUGAGUGUGAACUCAACCCCAACAUCUGUGUGUUUGGGGAGUGUGAGAACACCAAGGGUUCUUUCAUCUGUCAUUGUGAGAUGGGUUACGCCGUGAAGAAAGGAACUUCUGGCUGCACCGAUGUUAAUGAGUGUGAGAUUAACACUCACAACUGUGACACACACGCCACCUGUGUCAACACACCGGGACAUUACCGCUGCACCUGCAGUGACGGAUGGUCUGGUGAUGGAGUCAGAUGUGCUGAUAUGGAUGAGUGUAGUGACAGGACUCACGUCUGCAGCGCUGAUGCUGAGUGUGUGAACACUGCUGGCUCGUACCACUGUCGAUGUUCAGAUGGCUUUACUGGAGACGGAUUUACCUGCUCAGAUAUGGACGAGUGUGCUGAAGAUGUGGAUCUGUGUGAAAACGGCCAGUGUCUCAAUGUUCCUGGCGGCUAUCGCUGUGAAUGUGAGAUGGGCUUCACACACACUCCAAACAGCAAAACAUGUCAAGAUAUAGACGAGUGCACCUUCCAGAACAUCUGUGUGUUUGGCACAUGUCAUAAUAUUCCAGGGAUGUUUCAUUGUGUAUGUGAUGAGGGCUAUGAGCUGGACAGGACAGGUGGAAACUGCACAGAUGUGGAUGAGUGUCUCGAUCCCGUCAGCUGUGUUAAUGGUCACUGUGAGAACACAGCCGGCUCAUACCAGUGUAACUGUCCCAUUGACUUUGAACUCAACCCCACUGGAAUCGGCUGCGUUGACACACGAGUAGGGAACUGUUUUCUGGAUGUGGUGUACCAUGGCCGUGGUGGGCUGGCAUGUAGUGUUGAGUUGGGGUUUGGAGUCAGUCGUUCGUCAUGCUGCUGUUCUCUGGGACGAGCGUGGGGUAACCCAUGUGACCUUUGCUCUCCACUCAACACCUCGGAGUAUAACACAUUGUGUCCUGGAGGAGAGGGGUUCAAACUCAACCCCAUCACCAUCAUCCUGGAAGAUAUUGAUGAAUGUCAGGAGCUGCCCAGCCUGUGUCAGGGUGGAAACUGCAUCAAUACAUUUGGAAGUUUCCAGUGUGACUGUCUGACUGGAUAUAUCCUCAACAUGGACAGCCGCAUGUGUGAGGAUAUUGAUGAGUGUAUGCUCAGUUCAGGCGUUUGUGGUCCGGGCACCUGCUACAACACACUGGGAAAUUACACAUGUGUCUGCCCACAGGACUACAUGCCAGUGAAUGGAGGACACAGCUGCAUGGAUAUGAGAAAAAGUCUGUGUUACCGUAACUACAGUGGUAGUACCUGUGAACACCAGCUUAAUUUCAACACCACACAGAGAUUGUGCUGCUGUGCCUACAAUGUGGGCAAAGCCUGGAGCAAACCAUGCCAGGCCUGUCCGAGCCCUGGCACAGGUGACUAUAGAAGUCUUUGUGGCAGUGUAACCGGAUUCAGGAUUGACAUUGAAACUGGAAAGCCGAAAGAUAUUAAUGAAUGUCAUGAAAUCCCAGGCGUCUGUGCUCAUGGUGUGUGUAUAAACCAAGUAGGCAGUUUCAACUGCGAGUGUCCCACAGGCUUCAUUUACAGUGAUCUGCUGCUCGUCUGUGAAGACAUUGAUGAAUGCAGCAGUGGAGAGCUUGUGUGUCAGAGAAAUGCAGACUGCAUCAACCGGCCGGGAAGCUAUCAGUGUGAAUGUUCUGAUGGGUAUAUACUCACACCUAACGGAGCCUGUGCUGACCGUAACGAGUGUGUGGAGGCACCCAGCAUGUGUCGUCAUGGUGAUUGUGUGGACUUUCCAGGAGGAUACGAGUGUGUGUGUCACACCGGCUUUACUGCGACACAAAACCGCAGGAUGUGUGUAGAUGUUAAUGAGUGUUCACACCAGCCGUGUGGGAAUGGCACAUGUACAAACUCUAUUGGCUCAUUUAACUGUAUCUGUCAUCAAGGAUUUGAGCUAGCCAGUAAUAACUACUGUACAGAUAUUGACGAGUGUGCAGUUUUUCACUCUCAGCUCUGCAGGAACGGCCGCUGUGUUAAUAAUGUCGGCUCCUUCCAGUGCCUCUGUAGAGAGGGCUAUGAGCUCACUCGUGAUGGAAAGAGCUGUAUAGAUGUUAAUGAGUGUAAAUUGAAUCGUGGGAUAUGUGCUCCUGGAACGUGUGUGAAUCUGGAUGGUUCUUUCAGAUGUGUCUGUCCUGAUGGGUAUAUUGUCCACAAUGAGCACUGUGUAGAUGUGAACGAGUGUUCGGAGGAGCCUGGCAUCUGUGCGUAUGGCUCCUGCUUCAACAGUCUGGGCAGCUUUGAGUGCGUGUGUAAACCUGGAUUUGUGCUGUCAGAAGAUAGACGCAGAUGUUACGACACUAGAGAGAGCUUCUGUUUCACACGCUUUGAGAGCGGCAAGUGCUCUGUCCCACAGGCAUUUAACACCAGCAAAGCCAAGUGUUGCUGUAGCGUCAUGGCCAAAGAGGGCUGGGGCGAUCCCUGUGAGCUGUGCCCUAAAGAACAGGAUGCUGCGUUUCAGGAUCUGUGUCCGUUUGGCCAUGGGAUCAUUCCUGGUGUUGGAAACACACGUGUGGACUUAAAUGAGUGUGUGGAGAAUCCAGAGAUCUGUGUGAACGGCCACUGCAUCGACAUGGAUGGCUCCUUCCGCUGCGAGUGUCCCACGGGCUACAUGCUCAACUACACAGGAACACGUUGUGAUGACAUUAAUGAAUGUUCAUUUGGAAACCCCUGUGGAAACGGCACAUGCUCAAAUGUGAUCGGAGGAUUUGAGUGUCUGUGUGAGGAGGGAUUUGAGCCUGGACCAAUGAUGAGCUGUGAAGAUGUGAACGAGUGCAGUCAGAAUCCUCUGCUCUGUGUGUUUCGCUGCAUUAACACUUUGGGGGCGUAUGAAUGCAGCUGUCCAUCUGGUUACACUCUGCGAGAGGAUGGACACAUGUGUCAGGAUGUAGACGAGUGUGCAAAUGAUCUUCAUAACUGUGACUCCAGAGGAAUGGAGUGUAACAAUUUAAUUGGCACCUUCAUGUGUGUUUGUCCAGCCGGGAUGAUCCACAGGAUGAAUGAUGACAUGUGUCAAGAUGAAAAUGAAUGUUUGACUCAGCCUGGGGUUUGUGAGAAUGGUCGAUGUGUGAACACUGUGGGCAGCUACACGUGUGAAUGUGGCGUUGGAUUCAAAACUGACUCUACAGCCACACAAUGUCUUGAUUACAGGCAAGGCUUUUGUUUCACUGAAGUUCUGCACACCAUGUGUCAGAUGUCGUCCAGCAGUCGUGUCCCUGUCAGCAGGUCUCAGUGCUGCUGUAACAGAGGCCUCGGGUGGGGGGACCAGUGUGAGCUCUGCCCUUUGCCUGCUACUGCCAACUACAAGAAACUCUGUCCAUAUGGCCAUGGCUACGCAACUGACGGGACAGAUAUAGAUGAGUGUAAGCUGAUUCCAGGUGUUUGUGCCAACGGCAUCUGUAUCAACAUCAUGGGCUCGUACAGAUGCCACUGUAAACCAGGAUACAUCGCAUCUACUGCAGGAACCGCAUGCGUCGAUGUUGAUGAAUGUAGUAUGUCCCCAAAACCCUGUAACUUCAUCUGUAAGAACAUGGAGGGCAGCUAUGUGUGUUCCUGUCCCCGCGGUUACAUGCUGCAGGACGACAGCAGGACGUGUAAAGAUGUGGAUGAAUGUCAGAGCAGACGACACAAUUGUCAGUUCUCGUGUGUCAACUCCAUUGGUGGAUUCACCUGCAAGUGUCCGGCAGGCUUCAGCCAGCAUCACACGGCCUGCAAAGAUAUUAAUGAAUGUUUGUCUGAGCGGGGUCCGUGCGGUCAGCAGGGCAUCUGUCAGAAUUCAGUGGGCAGCUUCAGCUGUGAGUGUCCACAGGGCUUCAUUCUGGACUCUCUCGGCCUCAGCUGUGAUGAUGUAGAUGAGUGUGCGCCUGAUCACAGGUGUCAAUUCGGUUGUCAGAAUGUUGCGGGUGGUUUCCGCUGCAGCUGUCCAGAGGGAUACACACAGCACCAGCAGUGGAACCAGUGUGUGGAUGACAAUGAGUGUUUGAAUCCGGGCAGCUGUGGUUCAGCAUCUUGUUUUAACACAUUGGGCAGUUUUAAGUGUGGCUGUCCAUCUGGCUUCAACUUUGACCCCGUUUCCACUAGCUGUGAGGAUGUGGACGAGUGUGUGUCCUUCAUGAGCCCCUGCAGAUAUGGCUGCUCAAACACACAGGGUGGAUUCAUGUGUGGAUGUCCGGCAGGAUAUUACAGAGCAGGACAGGGACACUGUGUAUCUGCUGCUGGUUUUGGAGGUGGUGGGCUUGGACCAGAAGAGGAAAAUGGUCUUUCUCCUGAAACCUGCUAUGGCUGCAAAACGAAUAGACACCAAAAGAAAAGUGUCAGGAGAGGACAGACUUCAAACCUCACACUGGAAGGAGUUAGUCUGGCCAGUGUGGAUGUGGAUCAGCCGCUGAAAUUACUCCUCAAUCGCUCACAACUCAAACCCAGUGAAGCCAUACUGGAGCUGCUGCCUGCUGUCAGAGCACUUUCUCAACGUGUAAUGUACACCAUCACAGCUGGAAAACAUGAUGGAUUCUUCCAGAUCAGACAGCGGGCGGGUAUCAGUUACCUGCACAGCACACACAGGACGCCCUCAAUGAGACGCUACAGACUGCAGAUCAGAAGUUCUGCUCUCUCUAAAGAAAUGGACAGAGAUGAGCGACUUGCUCCAAACCUGCACAUGACACUCCACAUUACACUCCAGUAGAGAAGCAGGAACUGCUGAAAACUACAAACUCUGAACAUGUGGAAGCUCCACAUAAGCUAACCGACUGCUCUCUCAGAAGCUGAAGGUGCUUAAGUCAUUCUAAUCUUUGAAUAUGUGACGAUUAGGUGAAGUGUUCACACACAGACACACAGACACACUCACACACACACACACACACACACACACACA